UGACCCCAGAUGACCUCUUACCUAGGUCGAGUCUAGCUGGGUCAGCCACAUACAAAAUUGUUCCGGGACAUCAGACUUCUUCGGGCAUCAAGCAGACUAUUUCUACUCACCUUCCCCAUUGGGUAUGGUUAUCAAAGAGCAUGUCCAGGCAACAAGAAUUCAUCUGUGGCCUCUCGCACGAGGUGACCAUAGCAGUCCUCCCCAGACUGAACAUGGAGGAGCUGAUAUUUGAACUCAACAGAAGGAUUCAAAACCUGGACAAAGAGAACAGCAUCAAGGACAGGCUGAUCAGUAUCCUUAGGGAUGUGAUGUUGGAGGAAUACCGUGUGUUGAAAAGGCGAUCAAAAGUGACCAUGCCUGAACAAGAACUUGAGACAGAAGCAAUACAUGAGCCCAUUCCAACCACGUACAUUGGAACAAUGUCAUCAGAGGCUUCAAGUUCAAGCCCUUGUAUCUCAUUGCAAAGUUCUGGACUAGAUAUUAAGAACAGCGAGGAAAACAACGAUACCAGCAAUGAAGUACUCAUGCCUACCAAAGAACUUGCGCUUAAUGCAGUUCAGGCACAGCUGACAAGUACACUUCCUUCAACUGAUAGCUCCCUGGUACAAAUGGUUACCACAGUAGACUGUGGAAUUAAAGAAGAAGAAGAUGUUGCUAUGACGACUGAGAAUGAAGCCGCACAAGCUUGUCAUGAUGAGCUCAACAUUCACAUGCCUACUUUCAGUAUGCAGGAACUAGAUACAAUCAAUCUAAUGGGUGAUUCUUACUCAGAGAAGUCUUUUGUAGAUGAUAACCCCUGUCAGAAAACAGCCUUUGCCUCUUGUGAACCGACUCCAGACCAAGGUGACAUACAUAUAAACAUGGAACACCAUGCGUCUGAGGAUGACCACAUUUCUCGACCUUCCAGCCUGAAUCAGAUUGAAGAUUGCACUUACAACAGAGAUACUGGCCUGCUGACAGCUACGCUUCCUCAAUCUAACACCACCCUGAUACAAGUGAAUAACUCUGAUGACUCUGGCAUUAAAAAAGAAGACAUUACUAUGGCGAAUGAUGGUUGCGCGGGUGAAGCUACUUUCAGCACGCAAGUCCUAGAUACAGUUACCUCAGCGAGUACCUCUCACUCAGAGAAGCCAGCAGAAGGUGAUAAACUUUGUGAAGAAACAGCUUUGGCUUCUUGUGGACUGACUGGAGACCACGGUGACAUACAUAUAAAAAAGGAAAACCAUGUGUCUGAGGGUGAUCACAUGGGGCAAAUUUUCCAACCACCCAACCUUGAUUUGGAUGAGCGCUAUACCAACUUGGCUGGACGUAUCAACAGUAGAGAUGAAGAAAGUGAAGAAAUGAAUAUUGCAGAGGCACCUUUGGAUUCUUGUAAACCAACUCAGGACCAGGAUUCAGAGAACAAGGCUCUUUGUAAUAGGAAGUCAGGAAUUGUUUGUAAACGCUACUUGUGCGACUUUUGUGGGUAUACAACAUCGUACAAACAGAACUUCUCCAGGCACAGACAACGUCACAUACCAGAAAAACCUUUCAUGUGUGCCGAAUGUGGUUACAGGGCAUCAAAUAAGCGCAGACUUAUCGAUCACAUGAGGAAACACACUGGUGAGAAACCGUUCAAGUGCAACCAAUGUCAUUAUCAGGCAUCAUACAAAACUUUGCUAGUCCAACAUAUGAAAACACACAGUGACCAAGAACCGUACAGCUGUGAACUCUGUGAAUACAAGACCUUCCAUAGGUCACACAUUAACAGACAUAUGAAGUACCACGCUGGUGUGAAACCCUACAAAUGUGAGGAAUGUAACUACAGCGCUGUUGAUAAGAACAGUCUUACAAAACACAGCAGGCGUCACACCGGUGAGAGACCCUACAGUUGUCAAGAGUGUGACUACAAGGCAAUUCAAAAGGGCAACCUUGUCCAGCAUAUGAGAAGCAAGCAUCAUGAACAGAAAUGAUUCAAUGGUAAAUGAAACAUUGUGAUCAUUUCGUGCACCAGUGAUUGAUCGAAAACUAAUUAUACAAUUGCCCAUGAUACUUUGUUCCUGAGAACGUUUGUUUCUUGUUGUCUGUUUUGAGUUGACUUCUAACGAAUUGGCAUAAAGUUUGCGUCUUUGGAUGUAUUAACAGGGAAGUAAAAGCGCAACAAUGUAAGCAACCAUUGACUAUAGAUGAGAAGCAUUCUUGAAAUGCAUUUUGUUGAUAUUAGUAUAACAAACUGCAUGUUUCAACAAGGGCCGACUGUAUUAAAACUAAACUCUGGCAAAGAUACUGUAGUCAUUUAUUGAUAUAUGAGGCCACAACAAGUAAGUCUUAUGGAUGAUAAGUUAUCAGUGGGCUCUUAAAUUUUCACCUUAUUUUUGACAAAAAUACAACAGUUUUUCCCCUUCGGAUCCGGAGGUGCUUCACUGUUAACAUGACCAGAUUGGCAGAAGGUAACGUUGCCAAAAUGGUAAAAUAAUUGUCAUGUGGUAACCUUGAUUGUACUUGUAGAAGUGACACUAGUCGGGUAAAUGUAGCCAUGUGGUAGCCAUGAUUAUAGCUCUGACCUUGGUAAAUGAUAUCAGUCUUUGUUCAACUCUUGAAUAAAGAGAUU